AUGAACUCUGGGGGCAAGUACGUUCCGCCGAGCCUGCGCGGUGGAGCGCAGCCUGGCGCCGCGCAAGGUGGCCUCCAAGGCUCCGCAGCGCCCGCGGCUUUCGCUCCUUCCGCUGUCCCUUCCUCGCCCUACGGCGCCGCAGGUCCGGCGCUCUCUUCGUCGCCCGCCUCCUCCCUGAACGCCGGCGGUGUCUCCCCCGGCGAUGACGUGUCUCCUCAAGGCGUGAGUCCGAACCAGCGACGCACAGCUGCUCAGGUUCUCGCGGGCAUGUCGGGGACCGGAGCCUCUCGACGCGCGAAGGCUUCUUAUCCGCUGCGCGUCGUCGAAGUCGACAGCCUCGUGCUCAUGAAGGUUCUCAAACACUGCAAGGAAAACUACCCGACACCCGUGAACGGCCAACUCCUCGGGAUCGACUGCAAAGACAGACUGGAAGUCACCAACUGCUUCCCUCUCCCUCAAAAGAAGGACAUCAUUGCGCAAGUCCAGCGCGAGAAGGGAAUUAGCGAGAAGGAUCUGGAGGAGAGGAUCGACGAGGAGUUCGACAAGUACCAAGACAAGAUGGCGGAGCUUAUGCACGACGUGAACGUGGACUGCUUCACCGUCGGUUGGUACCAGACGCUGUCUUUCGGGGACCUGAAGAACAAGGACAUCAUCGACUCGCUGGUGCUCUACCAGGAAGCGAUCGACAAGGCCAUUGUGCUCGGCUUUGACCCGAUGCUGAACUCGAUGGCGAAGAAGGCGUUCAAGGCGUACCGCGUCAACCCGGAGUUCGUGCAAAAGUACCAGGAAUUCGAGCAGGAUGUCUCCAAGUACAACAAACUCCGCGCGAAGGACAUCCUCAUUGAGGUCCCCCUCGUCGUGGUGAAUCCGUUCCUGGUCGAGGCCUUCCUGAUGGACUGGGCAGUGCACGACCCGCUGCAGAACCAGGCGGACUUUGACAGCUUGGAGCUCGACCAGAGCGUGUACAUGGAGAAGAACUUGUCGAUGCUUUCAAUGUCGCUCGAGGCCUUGGGCGACGAACAAGACAAACUGCAGAGAUACCAGAGAGAGUCGCUGAAGCAGCAGCAACUUCAGAAGCAGCUCCUGGAGCGUCGGCGCUUGGAGAACGACCAGAGGCGACUUCGAGGCGAGCCGUUGCUCCCGGCGGACCUGGAUGGCCCGGCGUUCCGCAAGAUUGAUCCGCCUUCCCAGUUGAACACGCUCAUGAUGAGCAGCCAGGCGCAACUCCAGUGUGAAGACAUCAACGCUGCAUGCAGCGAGACCCUGGGAAAGAUGUUCCUCCUCCACUGGGGCAACCUGCGAAAGAAGCAAACCCCCGCUGGGUUGAGCGCCGCUGUCGCCGCGGCCGCCGCCGAUGCAAAAUGA